AUGACCAUAAAGCCAGCUCAAGGGCCGUUUAAUCAUGACCUGGAGAUCCAAGAGACAUAUGCCACCACACAGAGAACAGCAGCUCCUCCUCAUCAGGAGUCCUUGCCCUACUCCGCGUUCAGCCUCGCACAGAAAAGAUGGACCAUUGCCAUUGUUGCUUUCGCCGGAUGGUUCUCCUCUCUCAGCAGUUUCAUCUACUUCCCAGCGAUCCCUUCCAUUGCCUCGGAUCUAGAUGUCUCCACUGAACGGAUCAAUCUGACUGUCACGGCCUACCUCGUCAUGUCGGGCAUCUUCCCUUCCAUCGUGGGAAAUGCUACCGACACACUCGGCCGGCGGCCUGUCUUCAUCGUGACGCUAGCUCUGCACAAGAUACCUGUGGACCAGAGCAAAGAUCACAAUCUUGCAUCGUUUCCAGUCGAGGAAGCUCGUCUGCGAAUCGUCAAAUACUUUCUUGUCGUAUGCUGUCUCCUGAUAAUUGGCUAUGGUUGGUCUCUCCAGUACCGGGCCCAUAUGGCGGUGCCUCUAGUUCUUCAAUUCUUUAUCGGACUUACCAUACAGGUCUUCUUUACCUCCGCGAGCAUUCUUCUCGUCGACCUUCAUCCUGAAGGCCCCGCCACGACCCAGGCGGCGAAUAAUUUUGUACGAUGUGAAAUGUCGGCAGGCAUGCUUGCUCUACUGGACUUGCUUCUUGUGAAACUUGGUCCGGGGUGGUGUUUUGUUCUCCUUGCAGCCCUUGUCCUUGUCACUAUACCACUGCUAUAUCUUUUAGAAAGGAGAGGUAUGUUAUGGCAACAGAAGAGUUCCAGUUCAACAAUGACUGGUCCUGUUGAGGAAGCGGAACUGGGAGAAGAGAACAGUGAAUUAGAGAAGAGACUACAUUCCUAA